GGGUGGUUGGGUCUCCCUGCGCUGCGCAUCUUCUACGCGUAUUCCCGUACUGAAAAUGGCCGCCAGCUGUCAUUCGUCUACGAAGUGUGGCUUGUUGUGAAGGAACACGACGCGAAUUCGGCGCAGGACGGUUCCCCGGGCGCGCAGGACGCCGCGAGAACGCGAUGCAAUUACAUAACGACGCGUGGCUCGCUGGCUGAAAUCGAACGCGAUCGCUUGAGAGAGAGAGAGAGAGAGAGAAAGAAAGAAAGAAAGAAAGAAAGAAAUAGAGCGUGAGUGGCAGGCUAGAGGAGAGCGGGGAAACGAGAAGAAUAGAAGUGUACGACGCGUUAGGGACGGGGUCCUCCACGGUGUUACUUCGACGUUGCCAUGAGAGUGUGGCCAGUACGGCUGUUUACAGUUUUUAUUUUACACCAAGUGCGCCGUGGCUAGUUUGCAACUACGCGAGUCGACGGUGCGGCUGAUUUUCUUCCUCUCCUCCAUCUCUUUCUCCUCGAUUUACUCGCCGCGCGAAUCGGUCUCGCUACAGCGUUCUAAUACAGUACACGCUCGUGCCGUCGCGAUACGAGAUUCCCUCAGGAUUACUCUCUCGAUUUACAUUCUAAACCCCGAGGACAGUCAAGAAAAGCAACAUGGGUUCCAGUCAGCAAUUCUCUCUUAGGUGGAAUAAUUAUUUAAAACACAUUACUUGUGCUUUUGACACAUUAAGGACAGAUGAAGAUCUCGUAGAUGUCACUCUAAGCUGCGAAGGCAAAAGGAUUAGGGCGCAUAAAAUGCUUUUGUCAGCAUGUAGUACAUAUUUUAGAGAUUUAUUUAAGGAAAAUCCAUGUCAGCAUCCCGUCAUAAUAUUUCGUAAUGUAAAAUUCGAUGAUUUGGCUGCCUUGGUAGAUUUCAUGUAUCAAGGCGAAGUAAAUGUUGUUCAGGAACAGUUAGCAAGCUUUCUAACAACGGCAGAACUUUUAGCAGUACAGGGCCUUACGGAUGGCACAGGAAAAGAUAAUGAUAGUUUAGUAGAGGAUGACAUAGAAAUUCCCAAUGAGCCUGAAGUUCAACUGCAGAAUACUUCUGGCAAAUCUACAGGGGAUAGUAAGAGGAACAAGUCACCAUCCUCUCCGAUGACAUAUCAUGCCAUCGAAUUGCAGCCUGAAGUGCCGCCAAACAAAAGAAGAAAAACUCGAGACAGUACGAACGCAAAUACGGAAAAAAAUUCAGGGAGUAAUACGAAAGAUCCUGAUGGAAAAACAUUGGAAAAUCAGACUGGCCCGGGUUCCGAUCCAGUCGAAAUAAUUCCCCUUAUGCCGAAUUUAAAACUGGAGAUGCCCGAAUAUCUGGAACAAGAUGGUAGCAGUUGUAGUUACGAGGAUCAGAGUAUAGGUGACAAUACACUCAAUAAAAUUACAAUAGACGAUACAUCGUCGAACACACCUGAUCACGAACAGAAGCCCGACAUCAGUCAGACGUUUUACUCAAGUCAAUCGACAUCAGAUGGUUUGGAUAGCAAACAUCAAUCAGAUGUUGGACACCUGCUUUCUAAACCAAGUACUUCAGGAGAAAGAGUGACGCAGGAAGCAGUACAGGGGGGGGUGGGACGCAAUCGGAAGCACGUUGGCGAUACAACUGGUCAGGUGGUGAUGCAAGGCCCGGGGCGUUUUCCGUGCCGGCUCUGCGGAAACGUUUACAGGCACCUUGCCUCGCUGACCCAGCACCUCGAAGUGCAUCGCAACCAGACUACCUGCAUCGUCUGCCACACCACUCUCAGUCGUAGAACCGACCUGCGGCGUCACAUGCGUCUGAAACACCAAAUACCCUGGCAAAAAACGAUCCACAGGCAGCGCAGCCCGAAAAGCGAAUUGGACUCGUAGAUAAAACGCGCAUCGCACACAUACUUUCUCUCGAGAUAAUAGAUAUCGAUCGUCGUGGAGAAUUAAUGAACGCCGUCUUAUCUCCCCGAUUUACGUUUGCUUAUGCGAGAGCUCGCUGUUGUCGAUCGGGACGGUGCCCCUCAUCACUUUCAUAUUACGCGUUCGAAUUUCUCUUCCAUGUUUUUCAUAAUCUUGUGCGAAUCACUUGAAUCUAAAGGACUUAAAUUUUGCUUCGUAGAAAAUAUAUAUUCGCAUUCUUUAAUUUGAAAUUAAAGAUAUCAAUCCAUUUGUCUGUAUAAAAAGUAACAGAAAAUAGGUGCCUAUAUUUUUCAAUUUCAAACUAAUAUGUUUUGAAUUAAUUAAUACUUCAAAAAAAAAAGAGCAUUAUAGGUGUCAGCUACUUGACAAUAGUUAAGAUGAUGAUCGUUCAAGUCAUUUGCCAUUUUUCAAUGAAGGGGUGUAAAACGAGGCUCUCGCGAGUGAAAAACUUAUGCGCCCCUUUUCUUACUUAUCUCUCGACGAUAAUUGAUGUGUGUAUAUUGAACUUCGGAGAAUACGUUCUCUCCAAGAAAUACAUUUUUUUUAUAUAUUUAAUCGAGACAUCAUUUUUUUAAAUUUUAUUUUAAACAAUUAUUGUUUUGUUAAACCGUGUUGUUUCUCAAGAAGUAGAAAAGAAAGCUUAUUGUCAGACUCGACGGAUUGAACACCAUGUGGGACAUUGAUCUUGCAUUUUAUUUUUUUUUCUCCGAAUAAAUAAAAAAUAUAAGCAUUUGUUGACGUACAUUUUUAACAUUGUUUUCAACCGGAACUCAGUUAUUAUUAUGAGAGCGGACUUCAAAUAAGAGUAACGAUGCAAUUAUCUAAACAUGCAUAUUUUAAUUUAUUCAAAGAUCUCUAAGUCUGGCUAAUACGAUAUAUUUCUAUUCUGGAAUAUUAAAUAUUUAUAUAAUCAUAAUAUAUGUAUACAUAUUAUUAUCUUUGUUGCUGAUGCAUUUAGAUAACGCGUUGAGAUCCGUAGAAUUGUCAGCGAUUUGCAAAUUCGUUACAUUUAACGAGUAUAAAAGCGGUGGGUGAAUGAAAUCGAUGAGCGAAUCGAGUCAAAAUUAAAAAUUCAUGUCGUAAAAUAGAUACGUGAAUGAAAUAUAAAGAUAAAUGCUUUUUGGCGAUCAGAGAAGCGAUAAAUCUGUUCGAGGAGCGAGUAAAAAUAAUUUAGCGAGCGAUUCUCUUGUAUUUAUAAUUCGAUUUAAUUUAAAGUUCAUCGAUUCCGUUCAUCCGCCGUGGUGAAAUUAAAUAGAAUGUAUUUGACAUAGGCGGCAAUAUUUACAUGGAAACAUUUUCUUCGUUUUCGCAGAACAUGGAAUUUAUAUUGCUGUAUAUUUCAGAUACACUCUAUGUAUUACUGAUUUGCUGAGAGAUAGUGGAUAGUCGCGCUUUGAUGUUUUGAUUUUGCGAGAGAGACGAUCGGGACGGAGUUGACGUUUCGUGUUUUCUUUUGGCUCGAUAAUUAUUAUCAGCACGCGGUCCACACGUGGUCCGUUUAGAUGCGUUUCCGCAAGAAAAUUGAUGUCUAGCUUUGCCGCGUACGCGUGUAUUUAUCUUCGCUAAGUGUGCAGUUAACGCAGUUAGCGAUUGUGUUAUAUUAGCGAGUUACGCUUUAGGCGUGUUAAAAGGCGAGAAUUAAGUGAUACGUGUUUAAGGAUCUGAUUGUGAGUGUUGUAUACGUCACCGAUGAACAGAGGUGGCUCUAUCGCGAGGUCUCGAUUAGGAUCUCGACUUUACAGGAUCUUCCCUCGAGCGCGAUAUGCGACUAAAGAGGUACCCUGUAUGUGGAAGGAUCAUGUACAUAAUGUUGCUGCGCCAAAGCACAGUAUAUGCACAUGGCGGAUCCUCAUACAUGGGAAGAUUCUGGCAUAUAAAAGGAUCAAAAACGCUUCUCUGAGGAUUUUAAUGCUAAAAAAAACUCCGCGUAAAAAGAAAGAAAUUUCCCGCGCGGAAAAGCAUCUCCUCGCGUUUGUAGCAAUCCUUUUGAUACAGUGAAGUCUUGUAUUUUCAUGUAGAGAGCCUGGCUAGCUGUGGAGUCGCCUCUCCCCCGGUUUAAUGAAUCGGUGAUCUUAAAGGAUUCUAGUCAUUAUUGUACGAGACAUUAGAUUAUUCAGAUCUCUAUCGCUAGUUCACACAGAACUCUAUAACAAAUCGAAGUUAUUUUUUGAUACUCCUCGAUACACCCGGGAGCUCUCUCUCUCUCUCUCUCUCUCUCUCUCUUGCGGCCGCUAUGUCCUCGCAGGACAUCGCUCCGCAACGUUGUAAUCCUCGCAACCAUGACCUCUGACACGUUACACGGACUCUGUUUACACGUUUACCUGUGCCAUGUGCCGAAUUUCUUUGCGAACGUUUCUUGGGCUCGGUGUACGCUUAGAAAGGUUUAUUCAACCGACGAUUUUGUCAUUCUAUUAAUCCUAAUUUUGCGUAAUUUACGCAAAGCAAUUACGCAAGAUCACCUUCUCUAUAAUUAAAAAUAAAAAAAAAAAAAAAAUAACGAUUGUAAAGACAAGAUUUUCUGACAGGAUAGCAUUGAAGUGAGAUAGUGUAGCUUCUUCGUAUGAAAUGAUAAUGAAACUUUUAAGUGUACAACGAGUCUCAGCUUCAGCUGUCGAGACAGCGUAUAGACAGUGCCUUACACACAAAUACCUGGUUUUACAUUUUACGCAUUGACUUCUUCAGAUAUUUACCAUAGACAAGAAUAUAUCUAGCGAUGCAGAGCAUCCGGAAAGUAGCCGUAAAUUUUGUUACCGGCCUCGUGUAAACAUUGUCUCUGUAUGAAAGGGCGAAAGCAGUGUUUCUCGUGAAGAGUCUCAUAUUUCGAUCUUAUUUAUUUCGCUAUAUAUUAUAUAUUAUAAUUUUCUCAUUGCAAUUUAAAGUUUCUAAUUUAAAUUAUAAUUUAUUCGUUAUUUAUUUAGACUAUAUAAACAAUCAAAAAUUCAUAUAUUGUAAAUUUAUAUUUUAAUUAUUCAGCGUAAUAUAUAGGAAGUAUACACAAUAUUAAAAUAUUAAAAAUCGCGAAAUAUUUAUUUAUUUUUAAGCGAGAUUAUGCUUUUUUAAUAUGAUAUAAUUCUACGUAUAACAUAUCUAAUGUAUUUAACAAUAAAAGAUUAAUAUAUAAUUUAAAGUUAGGGAAACGCUGAUUUCGACCGUUUGCGAGCUGUGUCACAUGUAUCCAAAGACAGAUCUGAAUAUAAGACAUCACCGUUACCGUUAUUGUUGUUAUUAAAUAAGUAAUCUACACAUACACACGGGAGCGAUUUCGCAAGCGGGGAUACCUUAUUUUAGUGAGCGCAUUCAAGAGUGUUAUGUAACAAGUAGUACAAUAAUCGCGAGUAUACGACGCAUAUACGUGCGUACGUCCGCAUUUCGUUUAGUUUUCAAGAGUGACAUCGCACUUUGCGCACCUGACUAUUUACUCAUAGGCAUAAGUGAUCGUAAUUAUCGUAAUUAUAGUUGUUGAUCGUAGUACGAGAAUACGCGUCUAUUAUAGAACGAAUGCCUCAUUUUAACUCAUUAAAUGCCAUUUUGGGGAUCGCGCUGCGGGAUGCAGUUAAUAUGUCGCGUUUUUAACGUUUUUAUCUGAUAUCUUUAAGGAUUGCAAAACCGAUGCCUAUCGAAGAAAAAUCUAUAUAGACUUAUUUAACAGCAAUCGGUGCUACUUUUACAUGCGAAUAAAUGCCAACAUCGCGAAAAUACAGCGAAAGACUGGAACCUUUGGAUUGUAAGACGAUGAAAAGUGUCCUGAAUCACAUAACGAAUUGUCGAGAUUAUCAUUGGAAACAUUGUAAUCAAAAUGACUGCCCGAUCUGUUUGUCGAUAAAAAACAGGACUAAUUUUUAUCUACAUAUUUUUUUGAAUUAGCUUCUGCAAUUCAUUUAGCUGAUCAGCCAAAUCCGAGAUGAGAAGAAUUUAGAGCAAACAAUACAGAUAAAACGAUGUUGUAAUUUCCGCGAUAAUGAUUGGCGCUUAAUGGGUUAAUAUAUAUAAUAUCACCGCCGUGAAAGAGUGUACAAGUAUUUUUAACCGUACGUGGUUGUAUAUCGCAGCGAAACUGUAUCAGGGAUUCUCAAACUUUGCGAAAUUAUAUACUCUUAAUUCUAUUAAGAAAUGUUGCAUUAAUGGUUCCAUUUUAUGUUUCCUUUGCAAAGAAAUAUAAGAGAAUAUUAAUUUUUUAUAUACAGAAGAGAGAGCUGUGCUCUCUAUAAGCUUCGUGUCACAAAGCAAUAUUCUAUCUUUAUAACAGUAAAAGAGAAAAAUAUAGGAUAAUAAAAGAAAAAUUAAAAUACACACAAAUACAUUCAAAACAUAUCUUUUUAGAAAUGAAAAGACUUCGCAACAAAAUUUAAGCAUCUCUGCAACAGAUAAAUCGCGAUGUGUGUUUCAAAAGCAAAAAAUUGUGCAGACUGGAUGCACGAGAAAGAUAUGAAAUGCAUAAAAAAUCAAGACACGAAUGAAUCUCGACGGAAAAUCCUGAAGCGGAAAAGUAUUAUAGUCUUGAUAUGAUAAAACAAGGAUAAACGGAGAUAAAAGUAAGAUCGAUAAAAAUAAAAUUGCUUGGACGUAGAACAUGAGAUAUGAGGUACGAGUUGUCAGCGAAAUGAAAGACGAAAUCUUUGUUCUUACAAGAAAUAUACGAAACAUGGUUCUGUCUGCAUAGACGUGUUUGACGUUAAAGUUUUGAUGCAAAGAUUCAGGUAGUAGUAUCUUAGAAAGAGAAUAAUUAUAGUAUCUUAGAAAAAGAGAUGUAACUGAAUUUAGUACUGACAAAGAAUAUAUAGACGUGGAUAAACUCAUUAUACAGCAAAUGCAAAAUUUUACCUGUAAAUUUCUAGGAGUGAUAGAGAUAUAUGAGGCGAAGAAUUAAAAAAAAAAAAUUAAAAUUGUCAAUUUUGGAUCGCGAAAUCCUUGAAAUCCCAGAUUCGCGAAGUAUCUAAUUUUUAAUUAUAUAUAAAUUAUUAAAAAUUGAUGAACAAAAACUUUGCGCUUGACACUUUCAGGAAAAUUGUUUUUCAAUUGCCUUUAUCAAUCCUAGAAAUUUAUUGGCUAAAUCUGCUUCCACAUUUUGCGAAAAAUCGAAGAAGCUGCCCUACGAAAAAGCUGUUUAACCGUUCGAGACGUAGUUUUACCCUAAAGGUACUAUUUCGAAAUCCCUGUUUGAAAGAAACUACCAUAAUGUUGAAACGAGGAUCUCAAAAAAAUGGUGUUUCAGAGUAAUAACGAAUUAAUCAUCCGUCUUUUGGCUCGCAUGGGUUAAUCCUCUGUAGAAAGAAGACAGCGAAUAUAUGUAGUCGCAGCGAAUUUAGAAAUUAACUAUAAAUAUCAUGAGACACCGUUGUCGGUAGCAUGAAACAUUGCGUUCUUUAUUCAGGUAUGUGUUACGUUUCGGUAUCGUAAUUGUGAGCUUGUAACUUAAUUAAAAGAUCGUGUAAGACUAUACGCUUUCAGAUGUUAUCGCAGUAAUGUAAAUAAAAGAAUUUCUGAUGGA